AUGGGGCCUCUCAAACUGUUUCGCCGGGUUACGACCAAACCGGGCCAGACUGGGCCCGUCGGCAACGAUUCCAUCGUCACUGAACCGCCGGACCAAGCCGAGUCGACUAAGAUGGCUAGUUCCCUAUCCUUGAGGAGGUUCUCCUCCGUAUCGAUCUUCUCCCAGGCCCCAGCCGAAACCUCGAUAGACGACCCAACGGGACCAAUGGGACUUUCCCUCCUCUACUCCCCUCCUGAGCCAAAAGUCGACUUCAUUUUUGUUCACGGCCUUGGGGGUGGGUCAAGGAAAACCUGGAGCAGAAGGCCAGAGGUUGUCGGCAACUUCUGGCCAGCAGACUGGCUCCCAAAGGAUCCGGAUUUUCAUAAUGUUCGGAUAUAUUCGUUCGGCUACGACGCUAAAUAUUGGAAGACCGACCGGGAUUACAACAAUCUUAAUGAAUUUGGCAAGUCUCUACUGGGUGAGAUCAGCACCGUUCCGGGGAUAUCUACUUCCAAGACCCCGAUUGUGGCCAUAGGUCAUAGCAUGGGUGGUCUUGUCAUCAAAACGGCAUGGCUCAUCGCCAAGCAAGACAGCUCGUACAAGACUAUAACAAACAGAUUUGCCGCCUUUUACUUCCUAGCUGUUCCACAGAAAGGCUCCGAUUCCGCGAAGAUACUCGACAGCAUCCCCUUUAUUAGCCGCGAUCACAAAUACAUACGGGAUCUCGUGCCGGAUUCACCGGCCAUCCGGAGCAUCAAUGACCAGUUUCGACACGUCCCUAACCAUAUAGAACUUUGGUCAUUCUACGAAACAAAGGCUACAGAUAUCACUCAUUCCCUGAUUGUUGAUCCCAGCUUCGCGGUCCUGGGUCUUCCAAAUGAACUGCAGAGACCCCUACAGGCGGACCACCGUUCCAUUUGCAAAUUCAAAGAUACCUCAGACGCGAACUACCGAGCCAUUCGCAAUGCUUUGGCGACAACGACGCGGAAUAUUUCAGAACUGGCGGAUAAGCGCACGCGUUCUGGAAAGAAAGAUCUUGAGCAGAAGAUUGUUGAAUACCUGAAAGUCGACCAGACCUUCUACAACGACCUGGAGGUUGCCCAAGAAGGUCGCUUCCAAAAUUCCUGCCACUGGGUCCUACAAAAGAGGAGUUCCGCGAGUGGAGAAGCUCUAGAGAACCUCUUGACCGAACGUUAUGGAUCGACGCUAAGCCCGGAACCGGAAAAUCCACCUUGUCUAGUUUCAUCGAAAAGCGAGAUUGAUCAGGCCCUGAAGGAAGUGCCCAACGAGAUGAGGCCGCUCUAUCAGCGUACACUCGACACACUCGCCAGGUCCGGGCGCAGGAAGAGUCUUAUCCACGAACUCCUAACCUGGGCGGCGUGUUCCAUGCGACCCAUGACAACUUCCGCAGUCCUCGGCGCCAUAAAAUUAGCGAUCAACGAAGAUGUGGUGCGCGGACUACCUGCUAAAGGAGCUAUUGGCGAGGAAUGGGACGAUAAGCUCGCUUGCAUUGGGGUCGCCCAAGGACAGGCAACGACUGUUCGCUUUGGAGACGGGCUUAUGGCGAUAGGUUUCACUAGCGGCGCGCUCAUCGUCUACAGUAUGAUGGCCUACCAGGAGUAUAGAACCUUCAACCACGGUGAAUCCGUAAAAUUUGUGAGGUUUCAACCGAAACGAGGUAUCAUCGUCUCCUGCGGCUCCAGAAUGACCAAGGUAUGGAACAUUAGCGGCGGGACACUGAACCAUACCUUUACAACUCGUCACAAGGCACUUGAUGCCGCUUUUGAUGGAGAUAAGCUACUUGUAGCAACGGCGGGAAAUUAUAUUUCCUCUUGGGUCCUCGCAGACAAUGCCAUCCAAGGUCCUGAUUUAUUCUGGAACGACUCCUCUGCCCCCGCAGUCACACCACUACAGCGUUCGGUGUGCUCUCUCAAGUUAUCACCAAGCCAGGAGCUACUAGCAGUGGCGUACCAUGGAUCCUCCAUCGUUCUCUGGGAUUUACGUGCAAACGCCUACUAUGGCACUUGUGGAAAGACGCUUACCAACGGGAAAACUAGCACUCACGUGGUGGUUGAUCUCGUCUUCAAUUCAAAUCCGGAUCCCUGUCUUCUGGUUGUCGCAUAUCUUGACGGCGAUCUGGCCCUGCUGAACCCCUUGCUAAACACAGAGCUCCUCUGCUUCCGUGCCAACUUCAGGACUCUUUCAGUUAGUCUAGACGGUCGGUUCCUCGCCGCUGCUGGAGCCGAGGAAGGGACUAGCGCGGUCGCCUGGAACUUCCGUCAAACAGCUCGCCCUUUCAUCAGACGGCCGCUACCUUGCCGACUUACGGGCGUCACAGUGCGCGAUUUGGGAACCCCGUUGAUGCGCGAUUACGCCGGAGACGAUGGCAGCGGCACAGGCUAUUUGGCCCCAGUCGAGCACGUCUCUACGGGAUCCGUGAUCUCGGUGGUAUCGAUCGCAGGCCACGCCCCUGGAGACCACCUAUUCUGUGGGAAAGAUGAUGGCUCGGUGUCUCUUUACAACCGCGAGUCGGCAGAAUUUGUCCAAGGUUUGUACAACCACACUGCACCGGUCACCCGAAUGGUCUGGUCUGCUAGCAACGAGAUCCUUUUGACUGUGGACUCGUGGAAUAAUAUCAUAGGCUACCGGUUUGCGGCUUCAGGUCUUGAGCAUAUCGGAGAGAGGGUCGUCAAGUCAAAGCUUGACCAGACGUUAGCCAUAGUUGAGCUAUUUGUGAUUGAGGAUGGCUCUGGCAGAUUCAUCACCUCGACACGCGAAUCAGAUCAUCUUUGA